AUGUGCACCUCGGUGCUUCUUCUCGGCCUUAACCUGGCGAUUCUUGCUUCCCAGAGGUGGCCGCGCGCGGCAGACUCAGCAACCUACUUACUGGAUCUGCAUGGUGUCACAGAAGGUAAGUUUCUGGUGCCAGAGCUGGUUUCUUUUACUAGGCGACACGGACCAGCGCUUACACCCCUCCAAAAAGAUAGCUUGGCGACUAACUUAUUAUUAUACCAUCCAAAUCUUUAUUUUCUAGCAAAGGACAUAGCAGCCCAGAAUGGCAUAGGGGUCCAUGAUGUCAUGUACUAUUCCCUUGUGGUUGAGCUUCUUCAAGACGACUUCUUAGUAGGUGUUCAUGGCAGUGAGGGUUUAGGCGGUUACCUCGCGAUCUCCCAAUCGUUGGGCCAAGUCUGUAACUCAAGCGCCAACCCUCUCUGCGUUGACUUCGCCAAGAAUGGGGGCGCCGACGAGAUCUCCCACUGGAGGUCAGACAUUACUAAGUACUUCCGUGAAGCCACCUUUCUCUCCGCGCGUACAGGCCAAGUUCUGAGCCAGGCUUCUUACAUGCAUGGCACCCUUAACACACAAAUGCUAACCCUCAAGGACUACGUUUGCACCAGACUUCUUGGUAACACAUCUACAACACCAUACUUAAUAGACUUCCCCACACUAGAUAAGUUUGUUGAGUUUACGCACAAUCAAUUUAUGCUCAUCAAUGGACAGAGGGUUCCACUGGCUUGGCGUCUCACAGAACUGCUGCUUCAGCAGGACUCCAGAGUUGCCUAUCUUGAGGGUCAUUUCUACAGCCUAGACAAAGCCCAUGUACACUCCAGCUCACUCUCUUCACAUCUUCUUUCAUCAGAAAGCAACGCACUCCCGUACUAUCUCGCGUCCUUAGUCGCUACUCAGUCAACGUUCAAGGGUUCGUUAACAGGGGUACAGAUUCCAGUCACGGACUUCAGCCCAAAACAAUUCUCUUCAACUUCGUCCUCUUAUUACUUUUAUCAGGCAGGUUGCACAGACUCUACAAUUGAAAAGUGCAGAGCACUCAAUCUAGCUAUGAAAAACAAGUUACUGGAACUAAAAAAUACAAGCACCCUGGCUGAGUUUUCUAAUGCCAUGAAGAUAUUCCCCAUCCGUACAACCCGAACGUAUGCCGUUACCACGUCCUUAGUGGGUGAUAUGUAUCGUUACUCGAGCCAACUACAGAAGUGCACGGAGAUAUAUGAUGCCGCUAAGAAGCCUGUCGGGUGCACCGACCCACCUGUGCCCACGAAUUGGCUUGUUGUCAUAGGGAGUCUACUCCUUAUUGGCUUAACUAUAACAGCGUGGGUAUAUGGAAUUAGAUUUUCUAAGAAACUUGAGACCGGGGCAUUUGACGAAGUACAGAAGAAGCUUUCAGAAAAGGCACUGGCUAGAGAGAAGGUUAUUCGCGAGAACCGAGAGAAACGGUGCAUAUAUAAGGAGUAUAUCAACCAUAUGAAAGAAACAUCCAAAUAA